UAUGGGUACGUGGGAGGCAGCAAGCCCCGAGUAACACACGUAGUAGUUUGUCGUGACGGAGCUGGCGGGGCCGGAGAGGAUGUUGCAACGCAGGCAGGACUCGGGGCUCCGCAGGGGGAGCAGCCCGAGGAGCCGCGGCUCCUCCACCGUGCUGCCCUCGGUGCUCACCUUCCUGGUGAUCGUGGCGUCCGGCGGCCUGCUGCUGAUGAUCGAGAGGGGGAUGCUGACCGGCAUGGACCCGCCGUCCCCGCGGGGCAGCGGCGGCCGGCGGCCGGAGCUGCGGCGAGCUGGGAAACACGCUGCCGGCGGCGGGGACGUGGACCAGCAGAUCCUCCAGGAGAUCCGCAACCGGACCAUCAAGUCCAUGUGCAAGCAGAAGAACAUGCCUCACAACAUCUGGUCCCUGAACCCGCUACGGAGGAAGACGCUGCUCCAGCACAUCCUGGUCAACGACGAGUACCGCUUCCUCUACUGCUACGUCCCCAAAGUGGCCUGCUCCAACUGGAAGAGGGUGCUGAAGGUCCUCAACGGGGCCCUGGAGAACGUGAAGGUCAACAUCAAGAUGGACCACCGCAGCGACCUGCUCUUCCUGUCCUCUCUGAAGCCCGAGGAGAUCCGCUACCGCCUCACGCACUACUUCAAGUUCAUGUUCGUGCGGGAGCCCAUGGAGCGUCUUCUGUCUGCGUACAGGAACAAGUUCGGGGAGAUCGAAUCCUACCAGAAGAAAUAUGGAGUGGAGAUCAUUAAGCGGUACAGAAAAGGACGCGCUAAAGACGCGGCUGUGACGGGGGACGACGUGACAUUCGCAGAGUUUGUCCGUUACCUGCUGGAUGAAGAUGCUGACCGCAUGAACGAGCACUGGAUGCCCAUGUACAACUUAUGCCAACCGUGUGCCAUUCCUUACGAUUUCAUUGGCUCGUAUGAGCACCUUGAAAAUGACGCGGAUUAUGUGCUUCAGCGCAUCGGUGCACCUCCCUUUGUUCACUUCCCAGAGAGACAAACGUGGUACAAGCCGGUCACCGUAGAAACGCUACACUAUUACCUGUGUAGCUUACCACAGAAGCUUCUGAGGGAACUCCUGCCAAAGUACAUUUUGGACUUUUCUCUAUUUGCUUAUCCGCUCCCCAACACGACCACUGCACACUGCCGGCAUUAAAAAAGGUCCAAUGUUUAUAGUUUUUAUAUAUAUAUAUAUAUAUAUAUUACAGGACUGUUUCAGAAAAUUAGAAUAUUGUGAUUUUCUGUAAUGCAAUUACACAAACAAAAAAUGUCAUACAUUCUGGAUUCAUUACAAAUCUACUGAAAUAUUGCAAGCCUUUUAUUAUUUUAAUAUUGCUGAUCAUGGCUUACAGCUUAAGAAAACUCAAAUAUCCUAUCUAAAAAAAUUUGAAUAUUCUGGGAAUCUUAAUCUUAAACUGUAAGCCAUAAUCAGCAAUAUUAAAAUAAUAAAAGGCGUGCAAUAUUUCAGUUGAUUUGUAAUAAAUCCAGAAUGUAUGACAUUUUUGUUUUUUUGAUUGCAUUACAGAAAAUGAAGAACUUUAUCACAAGAUUCUAAUUUUCUGAGACAGUACUGUAUAUACACAUACAUACAUAUACAGAAUCACUUCUACUAUUUUGUAUUUCUAGGGAAUAUACAGUAUUUUUGGAGCUGUUCUACUUUUUUACUUGAUGUCUGCACAUUAUUGAAAACUGUUCUUUGUCAGAAGAGAUUCAAAACCACUAAAGCUUGAAUUCAAAAACAUAAGGAAAAGGUUACUGAAACAUGUUACACUCCCAUAGUAAAUGAUUCCGUUCUGUUUGCAGUGUUUUGACAUGUUUACCGUUUGUUUUUUUUAUGUUCUGCAGACUUAAGAGAAGGUAAACGUUUAAGACCUCAGUGGGCAUUGAGUGCUUUAGCAGGCUAAAACACGUUCCACGCACAGGGAAGGUUUGUUUCUUCUUGUUUCCAACCUUUCCUCUUCCAUGUUACUAUUUAACACCCAACACAACUGAGGACCAUGUUUUGCUAUACAUAUAUAUAUAAUAUGUGUGUGUAAAUAAAUAAAUGUGCAGCUCAUAA